CACUGCUCCCUCCAAGAGUCCAAGCAGAAAUGUCAAAAUGGCGUCAACGCAGGACGCUUGGUAUAUUUCUUUACUUGGUUUAGCGGAACAUUUCCGCACAUCAAAUCCUCCUGACAUAAAAAGUUGCAUUCAGUGCCUUCAAGCUGUAUUUAAUUUCAAACCACCACAGAGAGUCGAAGCUAGAACACAUUUACAACUCGGGAAUAUCCUUUUGACACACACUAAAAACAUCGACUUGGCGAGAUCGCAUUUGGAACAGAGUUGGUGUUUAUCUCAGACUAUCAAUGGGUUUGACGAUGUUAAGUUCGAAGCGGCGAGUGUGCUGGCCGAGCUCUUUGAGCAACAGGGCCAACCUACACACUCCAAACCUAUCCUUCGAAAAGCAAUCGAACUAUCACAGCACAGUGUUUAUUGGCACUGCAGACUAAUAUUCCAAUUAGCACAAAUCCAUGCAACAGAAAGGGAAUAUGAAGUGGCUAGCAGUUUACUUGGUGUGGGAGUGGACUAUGCCCAGAUUUCCAAUGCUGCAUAUACACGAGUACUGUUUUUGCUCAGUAGGGUUAUGUUACUAUUAAUAGACAAAAAAAUACAAGAAGUUCUACCACUGCUUAAUCAGGCUGGACAUCUUGUUGAGACAUGGGUUGGUAGUCCACAUCAAAAGGAAUAUUUAAAAGUUUUCUUCCUAGUAUUGCAGGUAUGUCAUUACUUGAUGGCCGGACAAGUGAAAAGUGUGAAACCAUGUCUGAAGCAGCUGCAGCAAAGUAUUCAGACCAUUAUGGCACCAACAUGGCCCGAUGAUGAUGCGGUGUGCGGUAGUGCGGCGGGCGAGUCGUUCGUGUGGCUGUCGCGCCAGCAGCUCUACGUGCUGGUGUACCUCGUCACCGUCAUGCACUCCGCGCAGGCCGGCUACAUGGAUAAGGCGCACAAGUACACAGAAAAGGCACUGGCGCAGAUCGACAAACUUACCUCGAGCGAGGAGGGCGGCGACGCGGGCGGCGCGGCGGGGCUGAGCGGCGGGCCGCGCGGCGGCGCGGUGCUGGCGUGGCGCCUGCGCAUGGCGCUGCUGGAGCACGCAGCGCUGUGCCGCCUCGUGGCGGGCGGCAAGGCACACGCGCUGCAUGAGAUCGCGCGCGCCGCGCACCUCUUGUCCUCCGCGCCCAGCGCGAGCACGGCAGCGGCGCACACACCGCAGCUGCACUGCCUGCUAGGGCUAUAUGCCAUGUCAAUGAACUGCAUGGAGGCCGCCGAAGCACAAUUCCACACAGCCAUACACAUGUCACAAGAGAGGGACUUAUGGAUGUUUGCGAAACUGAACUUGGCCAUUGUAUAUUUACGAGGAAGGAGAGACAACGACUUAGCACAAUUAAUGGAACAGGUGAGGCCUGAAGCGUUACCUGCGUACGCACACGGACUGCGAGCUGCCUCCUUCUACGUUCUAGGGCUGCAAGCCUUCUUUCAGGCGCGAUAUAACGAAGCAAAACGUUACCUCAGAGAGACACUCAAAAUGGCGAAUGCGGAGGACCUGAAUAGGCUGACUUCUUGCUCGCUAGUGCUGCUCGGCCACAUCUUUUUGUCCAUUAAUAACUCGCGAGAGAGCAUGAACAUGGUCACGCCCGCCAUGCAGCUCGCCAGCAAGAUACCCGACGUGCACGUACAGCUUUGGGCUUCUGCUAUCCUCAAAGACUUGUACAGGCUAGCGGGCGACACGGAGCGUGAGAACGAGGCGUACCAGAUGCACUGCAACUUCUCGCAGGCGCUGCUGAAGGACCACUUCCAGGCGACGCAGCUGCCGCAGCACGCGCUCGUGCACUGGACGAGCGGCCCGCCGCCCGCGCUGCCGCCGCCGCCCGGCGCCGCGCCCGCCACGUAGGGCGGCUCUCCUGCGAAUGCUAUGUCGGGAUGUCUACAUGUGAUUUAUUUUGGUUAAAUACUUAACUAAUAUAUGACUAUGCGAAUUAUUAUACAUAAAUAUAUAAUAGCAGAGUCUUCAUACUUGAAAAUCAAAUUAUCUGUUGUAAUUUGCACUUAAAUCAUUUUAAAUAAUUUCUACUAUGUGUGACCAGCGUCGUCAGACAGGCCUAAUUAUUAUUGUUUCUAAAAUCGUCUCUCGAUGGAUCUGAUGCUUAGACAGAUACAGAAACAAAGUUCCGCCUUAAAAAGAAGCAAACGGGAUGAUUUAAAGUGUACAUGACACGUUAAGUAACUUUGUAGCAUCAGUUUGCAACUUACGUGUAAAUUAAAGAUCAAUAUCAUUCCCAACCUUCGAUUCGCAAUUUUAUAUGACAAUUUAUCCUCAGAAUUAUGAUAUUCAUAAUAAUAAUAAAUGUUUAGUCAAUAGAGGUGUACCGUUUCAAGAAAAUUAAACACUUAAAAUUGAUACCAGCAAUGAUUGAUUUAAAAUAAUAGUAAAAUUUGGUUUAAAAUUUAUUGUUAGUGCUAAAUUUUUGAUUUCAACUGAUUUAUGUGACAAUAAAAAUCAUAUCAAAACAGCAUAGAAAAAAUUGAACUUGUACGAAAUUAUCCUUUUGUUUUACUAAAAUAUAUUCUACAUCAUUUUAUUCAAACAUCUAUGGUUCAACUGUCGAUGACAAAUGUUCUGAGUUAUAACAUUUAGUAGUAUAAUUUAUAUAAUUUUCAUUGAUAUCAAAAUUCAUUGCAUCUUAUUUAGGUUCUUAAUUAUAAUUAUUAUUAGAUUUAUUUUAUUACGCAAUGGAACGAUUUUUAGUUAUUUAUUUAUUUUCAAAGAUUUUUUCGAUAAUAUAUAUAUAGUAAAUGAAACAUGUUGAGAUCUUGUAUUAUAAUAUUCUUAUAAACAACAAAAACUAAGGAGUAGAGCAAAAUAGUGUCCCAUUUUGCACAAUUUGUAACAAUCGGAAGAAAACGUGGAUUUUGCAAAAUUCAAUGGACUGAUUUAUAGCGUAUAAUUAUUGUACAUACUAUGUGUCAAAUAUGAACUUGAGAAAGAACAAAGACGUCUCAUAUUUAUUAUUUUUAUUAGUUACUUGUUAGGGUGAGAAUGUUGUUGAAAAUGUGUCUGGUUGAUUAAUUUUAGUUGUAUUGAUAAAUUGAGUAUUCGUUAUUGACGUCUCAAUGGAUGGAUCUGCCUUUAUGUUAGAUUCGUCACAAUAGCUGUUAAUACUUCUUUCCAUUCUAAUAUUAUUUUUAUAUAGUAGCAUAGGGAAUGACUGCUUCCGUUGUACUGGGAUCCGUCCAUUGGCACGUUACUCCUCGAGGUCGCGUGGUAGCGACAAUUGUGUUGUAAAUUAAACGACUAUAAUCUGUACACAUUUUUUAUUUUAAUAAUUCCCUGAAACAGUGUGAUGUGGCCUUAACGAAUGGGUACAUUUGCUGUUGUUAAAUAUGUAAAUAAAAGUUGAAUUAUUGUAAAUAAUAAAACUAUAAAAUAUAUGUUUUUUGCUAUA